CACAACCUUCUGCUGCAACACCAGAGAGGAGGGAAGAUCAACCCUGAACCAUAAUACUUCAGUCAUCUGAACUGAAGAGAAUUUUGUAGACUGCAGAUAUUUUUGAUUCUGCUUUACAGGAAGAUGACCAGUCUGUCAGAUAGAAGUGUGUUUGUUGUCUUUGUUACAGCACAGGUGUUGGCCCAGGUCUGGUCCCAGGUGUGUCCUCGGAGGUGUCCCUGUCCUAAGGAGCCCCCUCUGUGCUUGCCUGGGGUUCCUCUGGUCCUGGAUGACUGCGCCUGCUGCCUGGUCUGUGCUGCUCAGAAAGGCCAGGUCUGCUCAGACCUGAACCCCUGUGACACCCGCAGAGGGCUGCAGUGUGACUACUCAGCUGACGUCCACAGGAGGACCGGAGUCUGUACCGCUCACCAGGGGAGCGUGUGUGUUCUGGACGGUUCUGUCUACCAGAACGGUCAGACCUUCUUCCCCAGCUGUAAGUACCAGUGCAUAUGCAGGGACGGACAGAUCGGCUGUGUGCCACGCUGCAACCUGGACGUUAUGCUGCCUGGACCCGACUGUCCAAGGCCCCGCCGGGUCCAGCUGCCUGGAGAGUGCUGCGAGAAGUGGGUCUGUGAGACCCAGACAGAGGCCAGCGCCCUGGGGGGCUUCGCCAUGGCAGCCUUUCGCCAGGAGGAGACGGUGAGCUUCGACGGCUGGGAUCCCAGCCUGAACUGCAUCGAGCAGACCACCGAGUGGGGCGCCUGCUCUCGGACCUGCGGCGUGGGGAUCUCCACCAGGGUCACCAACAAGAACCAGCGCUGCGAGAUGGUGAAGCAGAGUCGGCUGUGCACGAUCCGACCCUGUGAGCAGCAGCAGGAGCAGCUCACUCAGCUGGCACUUAAGAGAGGCAGUAAGUGCCAGAGGAUGGUGCGGAGCGACACGGCGGUCCACCUCUCCUAUAAGAACUGCACCAGCGUCCAGGCCUACAAGCCUCGCUACUGUGGCUCCUGCACAGACGGUCGCUGCUGCACGCCUCACAGAACCAGAACCGCCCUGGUGGACAUGCAGUGUCCUGGCGGUAAGACCUCCAGGAGGCCGGUGAUGGUGAUCCUGACCUGCGCCUGCCACAGCCACUGCCCUCGAGACAACGCCGUGUGGCCGCCGUCAGAGCUGGGAUACAGCGGCAUGAGAGUCUGAGAAAGCACACCGUAGAUUCCUUUAGCUGGGUUGAAGGACAGUUCUGUUUAAACUAUGAGUUUGUUAACUCUAAAAUGAUAUUAAAACAACAUAAACACAGUGCAAAGCAAUUCUAGGAGCUGCAGUGGA